AGGAGGGCUCACGAGCCCGCGCGCGCGAGGACUACGACAGCGUGGAGCAGGACGGGGACGAGCCGGGUCCACAGAGGUCGGUGGAGGGCUGGAUUCUCUUUGUCACCGGGGUGCACGAGGAGGCGACAGAGGAAGACAUCCACGACAAAUUUGCUGAGUACGGCGAGAUAAAAAACAUCCACCUGAACCUGGACAGACGGACGGGCUACCUGAAGGGAUACACUCUGGUGGAGUAUGAAACCUACAAAGAGGCGCAGGCGGCCAUGGAGGGGCUGAACGGGCAGGAGCUGAUGGGACAGCCCAUCAGUGUGGACUGGUGCUUCGUCCGGGGACCCCCAAAGAGCAAGAGGAGGUGA